AAACUCCGCUCUCAGAAGAGUUAAGCGCACAUUUAGCGCAUAUAUAGAGUGGAAAUGUUCAAAUUCGAAAUACAUGCUCUACUUUUGCUGGUUGUCACAAUGGCUUUAGUAUUGGCGAUGCCAUAUCCUGGCGGUCAUCACGAACACACGCACUUCAAAAUCCACGUGCCAUAUCAUAUUCAUGAACAUCAUCAUACACACGUGAAGAAAAUUUAUAUACCGGUUCACGUCAAAUCACAUGACGACCAUAAACACGAAGAAGUUGACUGGUAAAUUAUC